AUAAGAAGAAAAAAAUGCAAAGUCUCUCAUCAGGUUCACAGCUCAAUUUGUUUAAUGCAUUUGGAAGAUGCAGAUUGGUCUCAUCUACAACGCUUCGAUAUCUAUCCUCCGAACGAUGCAGCAUGAUGUGGAAGAUGGGAAGUACAGUGGAUGCAACCUAUAUGGAGUCUUUCCUUGUUCGUCGAAGAAAUAUACCGAACGACUCCAGAAAAGGUAGCAUGCACUUGCCACAAGUAUAUGUUCAAAAUGAUCACUCAUUACAACAUGGACCCCUUAACGAGGAUAUGCCUCUUCCUGUGAUCAAUAAGUCACAUGAAAUAUACGACUCUAUCGACUACAUUAAAAACAUUUUGAGUUCAAUGGACGAUGGACGAAUAAGCGUGUCGCCCUAUGACACAGCAUGGGUUUCCUUUAUACGAGAUUUUCAAGGGAGGAAUAUUCCUCAAUUUCCGUCAAGUAUCGAAUGGAUUUCAAAUAAUCAACUCACUGACGGUUCGUGGGGUGACGAGCACUAUUUCUUGGCGUACGAUCGGUUACUCAACACACUAGCAUGUGUAGUUGCAUUGAGAUACUGGAACGUUCAUGGUGACAAGAGUGAUCGAGGGAUAUCAUUUAUUAAAGAUAAUAUAAGCAAGCUUGGAGAUGCGAGCCCCGAGCACAUGACAUGUGGAUUCGAAGUUGUGUUUCCUGCACUUCUUAAACGAGCUAAAGAUUUGAACAUUGAUGGUAUUCCGUAUGAUGCUCCGGUUAUUCAACAUAUUUUCGAUGUUAGAGAUAGAAAGAUGAAAAGGGUGCCUAAGGAACUAUUGCACGAGGUACCGACAUGCCUAUUGCACAACUUGGAAGGACUUGGAGAUUUGAAAUCGCUCGGAAAAUUAGAGUGGCCGAAGAUUCUAAAGCUGCAAACACCAAAGGGGUCGUUUAUUACUUCCCCUGCCGCGACUUGUUACGCGAUUACGGAGACUAAUGAUCAAGAUUGCAUCGAUUUUAUUCAAUACGUCGUUCAAAAAUUCAAUGGAGGAGCUCCGACUGUAUACCCUGUGGAUAUAUACGCACGACUCUGGGCCGUUGAUCGACUAGAACGCCUUGGAAUUUCUCGAUUCUUUGAGCCAGAAAUCAAGAAUUGUUUGGAUCACGUCUAUAGUUUUUGGACAGAAAAAGGAGUUUUCAGUGCAAGAAAUUCAGAAUUUUGUGACAUUGAUGAUACAUCCAUGGGUAUCAGACUUCUUAGGUUGCAUGGAUACAAUAUUACCCCAAAUGCAUUGAGAAUAUUCAAGAACGGUGACGAGUUCACAUGCUACGUCGGUCAAGGGUUCGAGUCACCGUCUCCGAUAUUCAAUUUGUAUAGGGCUUCUCAAGUAUUAUUCCCAGGUGAAACAAUUCUUGAAGAAGCCAAACAAUUCUCUUACAAUUUUCUAAAACAAAGGGUAGACAAAAAUGAACUUCUUGAUAAAUGGUUAAUCUCCAAACAUCUUCCUAGUGAGAUAAAGUGUGGCUUGGAAAUUCCAUGGUAUGCCAGCUUGCCUCGUCUCGAGGCUCGCUUCUAUAUCGAAAAUUACGGCGCAGAUGAUAUAUGGAUUGGCAAGUCAUUGUAUAGGAUGCCGGAAAUCAACGAAGAACGAUAUCUUGAGCUCGGGAAAUUAGAUUACAACAGAUGUCAAGCCCAGCAUCAGAUGGAAUGGAACCAUAUGCAGCAAUGGUACGAACAUUCGAAUCUUGAAGAAUUUGGAGUAAGCAAAAAGGAAUUCCUCCUCGCGUUUUUCGUUGCGAGUUCAAGCGUAUUUGAACAAGAGAGAUACGGAGAAAGAAUAGCUUGGGUUAAAACCAAUAUCCUCUCUAAUAUUCUUUCAAAUCACUAUUAUUCCAUCGAAGAUUCUUCGGAGCAAAGGACUGAAUUAUCGACGGAAUUACAAAACAAACAAGGCAGAAAAUGGGGAUAUAGUUACACUAAGGUACAUAGACUUAUUGCAAUCCUACUCGAAACGCUUCAAGAAUCCACGACGCAUGCACUAGAUCGGAUUGGCGUAGACGUUAGCAAUCUAUUACUUGAUCUAUGGGGGGCAUGGUUAAAGAAGCUAACUGGGGAAGGAGAUGAUGAAAUAGAACAAGUGGAGCUAAUUGUCGGAACAUUGAAUAUUUGCGGUGGCCAUAUUUCACCUAAAGACGAUAAACUAUCCCACGAUGAAUACAGAACUCUCUGUCGACUCAGUAACAAAAUCUGUCACCAGCUUGCAGAAUUUGAAAAUAGAAAUAAAAAGGUAAACGACGUGGAAUGGACGACGAGUGAAAUAGACAAGGACAUGCAGCUGCUGUUGAAGUUAGUACUACAUCCAAACUCGAGCUGCAACUUAAGUAAAGAUGUGAAGCAAACAUUUUUCGUGGUGGUUAGAGCAUUUUAUUACAAGGCGUAUUUUGCUACCGAGCAAAUCGACAGCCAUAUUUCCAAAGUCCUCUUUGAGAAAGUUGUCUAGUUCUCGUUAUACUUUAUUUCUACAGUCAUCAAACCAAAGAGCAAUAAGAAUAGAGCGAUUUACAACAUAUUUCCCAUUCUUCAAUUUAUAUUUACUUAUUGUAGGAAUUUGGUGAAAAAGACUCUUUAACUU